AUGGCCGAGUCCCAAUGGCAGCUCGUCAGCCAAGGCGCCGAAGCCAAACUCUUCGAGACGGACUUUGCUGGCCGCGCCUGCAUUGUCAAGGAGCGCGUCAAGAAGAGUUACCGCCUCCCGGUGCUCGACAAGAAGCUCUCGCACCGCCGUCUUGUGCAAGAAGCGCGUUGUAUACUGAAAUGCCGUCGUGCGGGCGUCCUCACGCCCGUUCUCUUUCUCGUGGAUGAAGACAAAGGUCGGCUGUACCUGGAAAAAGUACAGGGCGGGAGUCUGAAACACUACUUGCAACGGGUCUUCGAGCGCGACCCAAAGUAUGGUCCCUCAGCCCUGAAGAUGGCCUACCAGAUCGGGGAAGCCAUUGCCAAGAUGCACGAUGCUGACAUUGUCCACGGUGACCUGACGACGUCCAACAUGAUGCUCAGUAGCGACGACGCAACGGAUGUGACAAUGAUUGAUUUUGGCUUGGCCAACUCGCAGCCGCUACCGGAAGACAAGGCCGUUGACCUCUACGUCAUGGAGCGUGCAUUCGCUAGCACACACGUCAACUCGGAGCACUUGGUGGAAGAAGUGCUGCGGGCAUAUCGAGCAAAAUCCCGUCGUGCUGAUGCAAUUUUCCAGAAACUUUCUCAAGUGCGUUUGCGGGGCCGCAAGCGCACCAUGGUUGGAUAG